AUGCUUAAAUCAAUUAGACGUAAAUUAUAGGCUAUAACAGAAUAUGAAAAUGAAAAUUAUGAGGUAUAUAUAAUUAAGAAUUAGAUUACAAUAGAAUUGCUUCUACGUGGUGAAUUGACAAAAACAGAACUGGAAUUUCUAAUGAAAAAUUUUGGGAAUUUAAAAUUCUUUGAAGAGUAGAAAGCUAAACUUCCUCUUUAUCUUUAUACUUAAAUCUAUAAGAACCUUAAUUAUGAGAAUGUUUAAGCUUAUGAAUCUGUAUUUAAUUAUGGUAUUUGUAAAUAUUAUGACUAGGUGAUAUGGGAUCCACUUAUUAUAUUAUUCUGAAAGGGGAAGUAGUGGUAUUACUUCCAAAGCCUUAGGUUUAAGAAGAUUUAUUUAAUCAUCGAUUAACAGUUGAUUAAAUAAGAUAGCGUAUUGAAAAUGAGAAAAGGAAAUAAUUUAGUGAUUUUAAUGAAUUCUUAACAAUUGCAUAUUCAGACUUCAUAAAAGUUAGAACUUUAAAAGCUGGAGAUACUUUUGGAGAAUUGGCUCUUAUAACAAAAUCUAAAAGAACAGCAACUAUAAUAUGUAGUGUUGAUAGCCAUUUUAUGACUCUUUAAAAAAAUGCUUUCGAUCGUAUUUUAUAUGAGCAUCACAAUUCAAUACAUAAAUAGUAAUUAGCCUUUUUUGAUAAUAUACCUUAUUUACAUGGAAUACCUGAUUAACAUUUAACUUAAUUGAUGCAUCAAAUGAUUGAAAUAUAACCAAAAUUAAACAGUACAAUAUAUAAAGAGAAUGAAGAAUCACAUUCAGUUUAUUUUAUAAUGACUGGAGAAGUGGAAUUAUCAUAUAAAAUAAAUAAUCGAUAAAGGAUUGUAAUAUCUUUAAUGACUAAAGGAGCUAUUUUUGGAGAAAAUGAAAUACUUAAAGGAAUUAAAAGAACUCAAAAGGCUACAUGCAAAAGUAAUGAGACUAUAUUGAUGACUUUAAGUUCUUAGCAAUUUCUUUCAACUUUAGAAAAUCAUAAUUUAACUAAUGAUUGUUCAAAAAAGUCAGAAUUAAAAGCAGAAAGACAUUCAAAAUAAAUACUUUUGAGGAGAAAGGCAACUGAAUCCUUACUUACUUGUCGUCCUCCACCUAAGACCAUUUUAAAUUUAGAUUCAGAAAUAACUCGUUUUCAUUUGACUAGACAAAUUUCAUUAAGCAAUAAACAUAUUCAUCAUCCACCAAUAACUAGUACUAAUUGUCUAAUUCCUAUUGAAAUUCCACAUUAUAUCAAAUUAAUGCCACAAUAUCAAUAAUAAACUCAUUCAAUUUCUAAAUAGAGUUAUAGUAAUAGACUAAGAAACCUAUUAAAAACAGAAAGAAGUGAAUUAACUUAAUUAAAAGGAUCUUCUUACUACUCAACUACUUCUCAAUAAUCUCCAAAACACUGUAUUAAUAUACACGUGGAGAGAUUAAGAAAAUCUAGAUAACGAUGA